GCUCUCUUCAGUCUCUUGUGAAUUUCACGCACCAGAUCCCAUUCUCUCACCCCUUCCAUUCGGUUCCUCUCUCACACAAAAACCGCUCCUCUCUCAAAUUUCACACACACUCUCUUGCUCCCUCUUCGUCUUCACGUGGCUCGAUUCUUGGGCAUGGUUUUGAUUUCCUCUUGAAUGGCAAUGCAAGGAAUUGGCUUAAGCAAAAGACCCCAUUUGGUUCCUCAUGCUAAAAACGUAAGUCUCACCAGAUAUGAGAUAGCAAUCAACAAAAUUCGCAUUGUUUAGAGAAGAAAGGAAGAAGAGAAAGAAAAAUGGCACCAUCCAAGGGCAAGAAGGACAAAGCAAAGGCCAAACCCACAGAUUCAGCAAAGUCAUCACCCUCCGCACAACCUGACAAUUUCCCUUCCUGUAUUCGCUCCAUCCCUCCCUCCUCUGUCGCCAUCACCAUCCACGCCAAGCCGGGCGCCAAAUCCUCCUCCAUCACAGAUUUGAGUGACGAGGCCGUGGGGGUGCAAAUAGACGCGCCAGCGAAGGACGGAGAAGCUAACGCCGCACUUCUCGAUUUCAUGAGCUCGGUUUUUGGGGUGAAAAGAAGGCAAGUAUCGAUAGGUUCUGGUUCUAAAUCAAGAGACAAGGUUGUGAUUGUAGAGGAAGUAACUAUACAAACUGUUUUCAAUGCUUUGGACAAAGUUUCAAAAAGCUAGCGUUGGGGAAAUGAGAGAGGUGAUUGCUUCCAUGUAACGACAAACAUUUUUUCAUCUUCUACUGAAGAUGAACGAAGAAGAGAUCUAAGUAUGAAGAUUGAUGAAGACCUUCAAACAUAUCUAAGAGAGGAGAAACUACAGGAUGGGGCUGCGACAUAGAGAGCUAGAGAGAUGAAAAAUGAGGAGAAAGGUUAGGAAAAUAAAAGGAUAUAUGCUCACCCAAAAAGAUGUUUGAAAUAUAUUCAAAAGUCAGAUCGGGUCGGAAUCGGAAAUCCUACCCAUAUUCUGAUUU